AUAAAACAAUUAGAAUUCGAGCUAAAGAGACCUAACCAAAUUAUUUCUAAGAUAAUUUAAAUAAAAUAAGAUUAAUAAAGAUUUAUCAUUUUUAUUACUAAUAGUAUAAGCUCUCAGUGAAGUGCUAAGUUAAAUAGACUGAUAGAAUCAAAAAAUAAAACAAUAACAAAACAAUUUCAAGAUAAGUCUUGAAAAUUGCAAUUUUUAUCAAACGAAAGCGUUAUCAGUAGAAUGCUUUGGCUGUUUCUUGGAACAAAUUAGUACACUCGUUUUUUAAUCUUUGCUUGAACAUUUAAUUUGAAAAAGUAAAUGAAUCAUGUCUGAAGUAGAGAAUUUUGAAUUUGAAGAUCGUCCAUAUCAACAAGCAAUCAUUGAAGUUGGUAUUAAACGUAAUUCAAUUGUAUAUCUUCCAACAGGAGCUGGCAAAAGUCACAUUGCCAUUCAAAUUAUAAAACAUUUUUCUGAUGAAUUGGAAAAAACAUAUUCCGACGGCGGCAAGCGUUCAGUUUUUCUUGUUAACACAAAUUGCCUUGCAAAGCAACAAGCUGAAAAAAUAAGCAAUGAAUUGUCUUUUAAUGUUGCUUUAUUAACUGGCGAACAAAACGUUGAUUAUUGGGAUCAUUUGCAAUGGAAGAAAACUCUUGAUGAAAAUGAAAUUCUCGUGUCGACUGCACAAGUAAUUUUAGAUGCCAUAAAACAAUCUUUCAUUAAAAAGGAACAAAUAAAUGUGAUCAUCUUUGACGAGUGUCAUCAUGGUCGCAAAGAUCAUCCGUAUCAUGAAAUUAUGAAGCAAUUCGAUGAGAAACAAUUUAAUGUUCGAAUCAUUGGAUUGAGUGGAAUGUUGAUUGGCAAUAAUAAUAAAUUAACGCCAGUCAUGGUCAAGGAUGAGUUGGAAAAAUUAGAAGCAACUUUUAUCAGCACAAUAAUCACCGUCAAUAAUCUUGAUGAUUAUAAAAAUGUUUUACUUUGCUCAACAAAAGCAAAAGAAGGUUACGUUUUGUUCAAUAAUCAAGACGUAUGUCCACUUGUGUCAAAGAUAAUGAGCAUGAUAGAAGAAAAAAUUAAAUAUUUGAAAAAUGUCAAAUUUGAAAAUACAAUUUCGAUAGAUCCAAAAACUUUAAAUCCAUCAAUUCCGAAGAAAGUUAAAAGUUUAAUAGCAUUCUUCAAUGAUUUUGAAUAUCAAUCAAAUGUUUUGGGAGUAUACGGUGGAUAUCUAAGUCUUCUCAGUACGCUCAUUCAACUUGAACUGAUUAAACGAAAUUGUAACACACAAAAAAAACGACAAGUUGUUAAAGCUUGCAUUACAAUCACUGAAAUGUUGAUCAACAAGAUGAAAUUAGAUUUGAAGUUGGAUGAGAAAGAUGGCAACAAAAUUUUUGAACAUUCUUCUAUCAAAUUCAAGCAAUUAUUGAAAUUAUUAAAAUCUCAUUUCAAUGAUGAAAAUCGUUCAGAUGAUCUUCAGUGUAUUGUAUUUGUUGAACGACGUUCAACAGCCAAAAUUAUUUAUCACAUGCUGAAAGCUUAUGCUUUAGAAGAUCCUGACUUUCCAAUCAUUCCUGACUUUAUGGUGGGAAUCAAUGCGGGACUUCCAGAGUCGAUUGAAAAUAUUUUAAAUAACAACUACAACACUUUGACUUUGGACAAGUUUCAACGAAAAGAAACAAAUUGCAUUGUGUCAUCGAGUGUCUUGGAAGAAGGCAUUGAUCUUCAAAUGUGCAAUCUUGUGAUAUGCUUCGAUACACCAAAAACUUAUCGAAGUUAUGUUCAGUCACGAGGAAGAGCUCGCGAUAGAGAAAACAGUGUGUUUGCUGUUUUCAAUGAACAAGGAAAUCUUGAACGUUUCAGGAAGAAAGUUGCUAAUUGGCAGGAAGUUGACAUUGAAAUCAAACAGCGAUUGUUGAUGAAGACAUUGGAUCGUUUACCACCGAGUGAAGAGUACAUUCAAAAUGAAAGAGAAGAAAUUUGGCCGCCUUUUAAAACUCCAAUUUCGGGAAGUGUUUUGAAUAAUGUCAACAGUGUCAGUUUAUUGGAACGUUAUGCUUCAUCACUGCCAUCCGACAUUUUCACAAAUAUCAAAUUAAUUUGGCGUCGAAUAAACUGCGAGGAUAAAACUUACAUUGCUUGUGUCAGUUUGCCAACGCAUUCAACAAUUCAGGAUGAAAUAUUCAGCGAUCCAAAAUCAAACGUAAAGCUAGCUAAGCAACACGCCGCAUUUAAAGCUUGCAAGUCAUUGUAUGAGCAUGGAGAAUUGAAUGAUAAUUUGACUCCUAUUGAUAAAAGUGUGAAGGUCGAGCAAUAUAAUGAAGAAUAUUUCGCUCAUUGGAAUGAUUAUUCUGAAGACAAGAAAUCUGCAGGAACGCGCAACCAUCGUCGUUAUCAUAAAAUCAAAACACCAAAUGCAUUGAAUGAUUGUGCUCCACAAGCUGGUGACAUUUCCUACCUUUAUUGCAUUCAUGUUCGUCCAAAAUUCAAUCCAUUAUCUAAUGCCAUUGAAUGCUUUAAACAUCUUCUUGGAAAUCAAAAGGAAUUUGGAAUUUUAACAUCAAAACGAAUUCCACGAGUUUGUAUCAUGCGUUUGUUUCAAAGCUAUGGUGAAGUUGAAGUUGAAAUCAGCAGUUUGCCAAUCACAGUUACAAUUAAAAAUGAAGAUGAAUUAAAUAUUUUACGUAACUUUCAUGUUGCAAUCUUCAGAGAUGUGUUAAAGACGUGGUCAGAUUACUUUGUACUUGAUCGUUCUUCUUACAUUUUCGUGCCUUUAAUAGAAGAUUGUUCGAUUGAUUUUGAUUUGGCAAGAAUGUUCCAAAAAGUUGAGAAACCAAGAAGUUUAACUUAUGAUGAGAUAAAAUCAACGAAAUUUGACCGUGACGAUUAUCAUCUUCGUGUCAUUAAUCCAGUUUAUCGUGACAAUUCUAUCAUACCUCGAAACUACGUCGUCAUUGUCGUUGAUGAGAGUUUAACACCUUUGUCACCAUUUCCUUGCGAUAACAACGAGAUAAAGAAAUAUUUAAACUACAAAGAUUACGUUUAUAAGAAUUUUGAAAGAACAGUCGUCAAUGUUGAUCAUCCAAUGUUGGAAGUGAAAGGAAUCAGCAAUGAAUUGAAUCUCUUCUUUCCAGGUGCUGGCAUGAGUGGACAAAAGAAAAGAAAAUAUGAAAAAGCUCAAUCGAAGGAACAUUACAUUCCCGAACUUUGUCAUAAUUACAAAUUUCCAGCCGAUUAUUGGUUGAAAGCAACUUUACUUCCUUCGAUUUCGCAUCGAUUGCAAAUGCUUUUGUUAGCUGAAGAGUUGCGUAAAUGGUUAAUUUCUGAAGGCAUUGAUAGUGGACAUGGCGAUCAAAAUUAUAAAAUGGAUGUUGAUUAUGAUAAUUAUGACGAACGUGAAAGAAUGUUAGCUGAAGCUAAUCAACUGGAAGAAAUAUUGAACGGGUUACCGGGCGAAUUGAGACUCGCACUUUCAAAAAGAAAAUCGUCUAAGGAUAGACCAACAAAUGAAGCUUGUCAUACAAAGCCUUUGUUACUUUGGGAUCCAUCAUGUCUUCCCAUUGAUAUUGAUCGUAAUUGGUUGACAGUGACUCAAGCCGACAUCGACUAUUAUUGCAACUUUUUAUGUUCAAAUCAAAAUCAAAUCUCUCCCGAAGCUAUGAAUAAACUUAAGCAGUUAAAUUCAGCUGCUCGUAACUUUGACAACGCUUUGAUGGAUUCUGGCGAUCGAGAAAGCAUCAAAAUUAUUUAUUUAGAUGGAGAGUCGUCAAGUGUUCAACAAAAGGAUUUGAUUAAAGUUCUUACAACAUCAAAUGCUGGGGACGUCUUUGAUAUGGAACGUUAUGAGGUUCUUGGCGACGGGUUCUUAAAAUUCAUAACUUCGCUGUAUCUCUACAAGAAACAUGACAAUUUGCAUGAAGGUUACUUGACAUCUUUGAAAGGAAGAAUUGUCAGCAAUCGAAACUUGUUUUACAUUGGAAAUAACUUUGGACUAUCUCAAAUGAUUAAAUCAUCGAUGUUUAAAGCAAGAGAAGUACUUCCACCUUCGAUUAUUCUCCCUGAAGAUGUUCAAAGCGUUAUUGAGAUGGAUAAAAAUCUGUUAAUAAAAUUGGUGAAUAUUCCUGAGUUGAGUAACGAUGAAGUGAUUUCUGGUAAGAUAAAAUCAGAGAAUCUAAAUUUAUUCACUGAACAAACGGCCAAUAACUAUUCAAUGUAUCAAGAAAAUGGUGACAACGAUGAUGACGACUGUCAUAUUGAGAAAAGUAUGUUGACUUACAUCAAACAGCAUUAUGUUGGCGAUAAGAUUGUAGCUGACGCUGUAGAAGCGUUGCUUGGAAUUGUUGUACAUUCCUUGGGUUUCAAAGCUGGAUUGAAAUUAUGCCAGACGUUGGGCAUUCUACCACAAAAAGAGAAUCUCACGAACCUUUUGACUGAGAUUAUUCCACCAAGACCUUUGAACAAAAAUGUUGUGCCCGAACAGAUGAAAGUUCACAAUCGGAAGAAGUUGGAAGAAAUUAUUGGAUAUCAAUUUAAGAAUCCUGGAUAUCUUGUGCAAGCUUUGACACAUCCGUCCUAUCCGAUCAAAGAAAUGGGAACUUAUCAACAGCUUGAAUUCCUCGGUGAUGCUGUUCUUGAUUGCUUGAUUAGUUCCUACAUUUUCGAACAAUGUCCAGACAUGGAUCCUGGAAAGUUUACCGAUUUUCGUUCAGCUUUGGUAAACAAUGUAACUCUUGCUUGUAUCGUUGUUCGAAAUGAACUUCACAAGUUUAUGCUCAAGGAUAAUACGCUUUUGUCUGAAGCUAUCCAAAAGUUUGUCUCUUAUCAAGUCAGUAAGCAACAUCAAGUCGUCUUGGACCAAAUAAUUCUGUUGGAAACUGAAGAUGACGCAUCGACAGCUGAAUCUGUUGACGUUCCUAAAGUCAUUGGUGAUAUUUUUGAAUCGAUUGUCGGUGCUAUUUUCUUAGAUAGCGGCCUUAAUCUUGAAACAACAUGGAAUGUCAUUUACAGAAUGAUGAAGAAAGAACUUCACGAAUUUCAAGUCAACGUUCCAAAACAAAUCGUUCGACAGUUGUUUGAAUUUGAAAAAGGAAAAGCUGAACCGAAAUUCUAUCAAGCUUUUGAAGCUGAUGAAGAAACGAUUGCUGUGCCCGUGGAAGUUUUGUGUCGAGGAAAGAAACAAUAUUUUGUUGGAUUGGGAAAGAAUCAAGUGGUCGCUAAGAAAUGUGCUGCCAAACUAGCUUUGAGAGCUUUAAUGGACACAACGCAACAUUGACUUACUCACUGAUUUAAUAUUGAAAGAAAAUUAUCUGACAAUUACUCGAUGAUGCAAACUUUUUGGAUGAGAAAGGAAAUUAUGUCAACUUUAAGAAAAUGAAGUCUGUGAAAUUUGUGAUUAUUUGGAUACUUCUAAAUUUAUUGUAAUUAGGGCAGAUACUUGAAAUAAUUAAACAUUCUCACAAACUUUAAUUUCAUUUUUAGAUUUAAUUGAAAAAUGCAUGAGAAUUUAAAAAUUCCUUUUUGAUUUGUAGAUAAUUUAAGAAUUUUUCAAAAUAAAAUUUUGAAGAGCAUUUGAACUUUAA